ACCUUACUUCCGGUGCAUAAUAACAUGCAAGAAAAGCAAGUAUACAUUGCCUCUGGGGAACAUGUCCAGCCACAACAGAAUUGGGAUGCAAUUUACAGUGCUCGAACUUUGGUAAUUGUGGGCUUUCAUUGCGCUAAAUAUGCCUAGAAUCCAUGCUGAAUUAAGCCUUUUCUUUUAAUCGUCCAGAGAGCUGCAUUACGAAGACUGUUGCCUAGUACUUCUAACUAUGGUACAAUGUUGGGAAAUCAAAAUAACGCGAACUUUUACGUCGAUGGAGAUGCGUUAGGCAGCCAUUUGAAUGAAUUAGACGAUGCAGCUAGUAGCAGGUCUUCGUUUGCGGAUAUAUGGGACAGUACAAGCAUUGAGGUGAGUAGUUUUGCAAGAAAGGCUUGAUGUUUUGCAUGAAAUAUCGUAAACAUGUAAUUCGUUUCCGACUAUUGUUCGAAGGUGAGCUGCGCGUUCUUGUGCAUGUGUAUAAGCAGGUAUAAGGGUCAGGGAGUAAUGUCCAGCUGUGUUUAAAUUCUUUUUUUAAAUAAAAAUCAUAUUAUCAGUAAAAUGACGCCCAUUUCUUUUUAAAGUUUUCCAUCGCUUAAUCCUAGUUAAGUUAAAUUUUAACUGUAAGGUUGAAUUACCAAGCAAUUGAUGUCAGUUUCAUGUAGUUGUUGUGUCUUUUGUUUAGAUCAGAGAUGAAGCUCAACAGAGGGGAGAUUUUAAUGCUACAACUAGUCUCCUUCUAACUUGCAAAAGCCAGGUCAUCUAUCCCUAUUUCUACAUUUUGUCCUUGGUAAGUGUUUCAGGGCCCUAGGUGGGAGUGGGGGGUUUAAUCUGGUUUGAAAAUGAGUAACAUUUCGUUUGUGAAUGAGGAUUCUUUCCAGAAAGGCUUGGUACGUGGUGAGAUAAGCAAGUCUGUCAUCGUAAUGAAACUCAUAAAGGAUAUAAGGAGACCAAUCUGGACAUGGUUCAGGAAACCUUGCUUCAAAACACUGAACACAGGAUGACAGCAUUUUGUUAUUUUCACACACAACACAAAGUGAUACAUUUAUGGAUAAAAAUGUUAGUUUUUGGUCCUGAACACCCUGAGUGAGACUAAAUUCUGCAAUUUUUACCCCCCAAGCAAGAUGACAAGCAUCCUUGACACUUUUAUGUGGGAGUGUCCCCUCUCCGGCCCCUUCAAGGUAUUAGGAUAACCAUGCCAGUUUCUUCAGCUUUUACAAAGCAUAAUAAGUUGUAUUUAUACAGUUGAACCCCGCUUUACAGUCAACCUCUUAAUACAUACACCUCAUUAUAACAAAUACUUUUCUUUGUCCCUGGGGAAAGCCCUUACACUGUGUCUAAAUUUAACCCUCUUAAAUAAUACGGACAGCUGUUAAUAGGACAAUGGACACUUGUUUCUUGCUCAAUCAACAGAUUCUCAUAGAAAGUCAACCUUGCUAAUGCGAACACUUCUUUAUCAACUGUCUGCUGUGAUAGAACUUUCCCUCUUGGGGGUAAAAAAACCCUUCAGUUCACAGUCUUUCGAUGUUUCCAGUACUACAGUUCACUGUAUAGGGUGAAUUGUAGAUAUCAUUUUCAGACUAUUUUGGCAUUAAAUAAAUUAUGCAGUGAAUGGUUUUGAUUAAGUAAUCUAUAAAUGAACAAUUUUGAGUUUUUCCAUGGAUUUAGUCCAAGAAAUAAUGGCUUGUGAGGUUAGAAAUGUUUAAUUUGAUGAUGCUAAUGACCUACUUACUAUGGACACUCCGUUAUUUUAUACAGACACUUUCUAUCGCCCCCUAAGUAUCCAUAGUAAUGGGGUUUGACAGAAUUUUUAUUUAUUAUUUUCUAGAGUCUCUUCAUUUUGUUCCUCUUUCUUGCUUUGUUGUUUUCAGUCAAAACAAAGAGUUGUUAAUUACAUAAACAUAGAAGUUUAGCAAUGUAACUGUCUCCACUCUCAUAGCAUUUUUUGUUGCUAGUGUAAACCUUGCUCAACCCUUUGCAUAUUUGCUUUUUAUUUGCUUUGUACUUUCUGUCAAUUACUAAACAGAUGAAUUGCCCAGUGUGUGAUUCAUAUGCUUUCAAAACUAUCGUUACAAAAAUUACUGAUGUAAGCUGCCAUAGAAUUCUCCAGAGGUAUGGAUGUGUUCUAAAACAACACUGUUAUGCUUAUUUUCAGGUUGCAUGGCGACCAUUUCACAUUCAGUCAUUCCGUUACCAAGGCUGCUCAUUGCGGAAAAUCCUCAACAUUAUGUACACCAUUUUCAUAUUUCUCUUAAUUAUAUUUAGUUAUGGAUCUAGUAUUAUGGCUUGUCAAGCCCGGCCCAUCAAAAAUGAGGUGUGUAUAUUUUCGAGAAUUUUCAUUUUUAACUGUCUUGUCACAACCUGCAAAUUAUGCUAAGAAAUUUGCCAUAAUGUAACUUGAACUGAAAAUGCAUUAUUCUUUCACAACACACAUAAUGAAUAUUUAACAGUUAUUCCUCGAGUCUGAAUUGGCUCUGAGUUAAUAGCCCAUGAGGCUGAAGUUUUAAAAAUAGUAAAAUCCAACUGGUUGGUCAAAAAUAUAAAGAAUAAAAAACUUUUAGCCUGUUAAAGCUAGACUUUAAUCCUUUUUUGCCACCAAAAAGCCCACAGCACUGGUAAUAGACCACCAGAUGGAUUUUACUGAAAUGUGAGAUCUGCUACCCCGCUGAAAAUCUUGCCAAGCCACCUUAACUCUAGAGUUUUGAAUAUUUCAGCUGUUAUGUGUAUGGAGUAACCCUCAACUCCCCCCCCCCCCCUACCGGGGAAGUGGGUUAGGUAGGUAGGUAGCUUUUUAAUGUUCCGCUUGUGUUGCCCUUCACUCAUUCCAGCCUUUGCUACAAUUAUUAAGACCUCAGCAACUGAUUGCCAGUUAAUAGCAAUAUGUGUUCUUUUCACAAAAGAUUUUAUUCCCAUAGGAGGUAAUCCAAGAAAAUGAUUUAGAGCUUGAAAGCUCUAAUACUAUUGGUUGCAGGGUGUCCAGCAAUUUUUUUUUGCAAAAAGUAGGAUUUUCUUGUGGUGUUAAGGUAGUAGUGACUUGCUAGCUGCCACCAAGUGCUUACAUUGUCUUCUGAUUUUCUUUUUGUUUAGUUAAGAUAUUUACAUAAAACCACAGCACCCAUAAAAACAGUCACACAUCCAAGCAGCAUCUCUCCGCAUCCGACAAAUUGGACAAAUGUGACGGCCCCAAACCAUUCAACUACUACGCCCUCAAGUUAUUUCCAGGAGUUCACUAGUAGACCUCUGAUAUAUGGAAACUCAACAAGUCCAGGAUUGCUUCCUUUCUAUACAUUUGCCACACCAGCGUUUUGGAGGCCAGCUGUAACUGAGUGUUCACAUAUCUUCAGUACAUAUGUGGUGCCCAAUGUAUUACACUUCUUGGCCUUCUUCAUUGGAUUUUACUUGUUCAGGAUACAAGAAAGUGAGGGACUCAAUGCCUUGAUAGAAAAGGUCAACAUUUAUUCUUAUUUUCUUAUUUAUUUAUUUUCUUAUUUUUUAUUUGAUACUUGAGUCUCAUGAGAUAUGGGUUCUUAAUGUAGUAUCUUGUUAUUUUUUUUUUCUGUCUCUUCAGGUUUUUCUGCUCAGUUCUGUUUCCAGAAAGAUUGUUUCAAGGCUAAGGUUUGUAUUUACAGGAGGCUGGAAGAAUCUUGGUACACUGUAUAUCCACUUAACAGCUGUACAUGAGUUCAGUUAGGAGAGUGCUGGUCUGCUGAGCGGGAGGUCGCGGGUACAAACACUGGCCGGACCAACACCCUGGCCAGACCAACACCCUGGCCAGACCAACACCCUGGCCAGACCAACACCCUGGCCGGACCAACACCCUGGCCAGACCAACACCCUGGCCAGACCAACACCCUGGCCGGACCAACACCCUGGCCGGACCAACACCCUGGCCGGACCAACACCCUGGCCAGACCAACACCCUGGCCAGACCGACACCCUGGCCGGACCAACACCCUGGCCGGACCAACACUUAGGGUCUUUAAAUAACUGACGAGAAAGUGCUGCCUUUGCAAUGACAUCUGAAAACAGUUAGACUUUGUAGUCGUCUUGGAUAAGGAUGAAAAACUGUAGGGUCCCAUCUCAGAGGACUUUCACACAUCUGUUUCUUGUGGGGGGUUAAAUAAUCCACGCGGCUGUUCAAAAAGAGUAGGGGACAUGGUCCCCAGUGGUGCAGUAGCAAACCUAUCCUGGGCUGGGUGGGUUCAUCGCACUGUUGUAUGUUCUGCACCACAUGGUGGUAGAGAUUAAAUAAAUAAAUGUGUUCGUGUGAAGUUUUUUAUUGUAUGUCAUUCCUUAAACGGCUAAAUGCAAAAGAAAAUGAUACAAGGUUUUAUUGUAUCAGGAAUGAUGAUGAUUGUAAAUAUGAGAAGUUCAACAAAAAUCAAAAUGCAAACUAGUGUUCUCAUUAAGGUACAUAAUAUUAAUUUUUAGUUCUUACAGUUUCGUUGUUAUUGUUAAUCUGUUGUUUUUGAUUUGUUUUCCCCUUCAAUUCAUUGUAGGUUUUUUUUGUUUGGUGGCAUAUUGAUGGUGGUUUUUGGAGUCUGCAAUUUUAUUUUGUUUUGUUAUGCCUUUAAAUUGCCCUCAGUCACUGGAUUCAAGCGCAACUCAAGGUAAGUCGAGGCAGACAGCACUCUAUGGUUACUACCCUUCAACUGCCUUCUAGAAUAACUACAACUUAUCCCCUUGUUUAUUACAGCCUUCUGAAAACUUUCUUUGAGACAAUUUCAUCCUUAAAUUAAGACUUGCAAACUCAGGAAGUUUCAUAAUAUUUACAUUGUGUCCUAUUGCAAGUUUAUAAAGGCUGUUGUUUUAAUGUUUAGUUCUACUGUUUGUUUUCUGCUAGUGCACAGUGGUCAGUGGUGUGCUUCAUGGUUCUGGGUAAAGUGGUUGAGUAUUGUAUCAGUGCUGUCACCAUUGUUAAUUACUGCGCUCAGUGUGAACUGCUAAUAUUCUACCUGCGAGAAAUCAACAUCAGGAUGGAGGAGAAAACUAAGGAUCUCAGCAUUAUAAUGAAGGUAUUGUGAGAAAACAUACCUGGCCUGUUCAUUAUCAUUCUCAAAAACAUAGGGCAAAGACAACAUAGAUUUUGUGGAGGAGAAUAAUGUUAAUUGGAUGAAGAGAAGUGGCACUAUGGUCCGAGAGUUAGCUCUCCACUGUCUUGCAUUUGAGUGCAUGGUAUACCUGCCAACUCUCACGCCUGCGGGUUGAAAACUUCGAUCUCACGCCCGCUCACGCCUGCGGACCAAUUUCUCACGCCUGAUUGAAAAAUGUGAGUUGUUGUCGUCUUGCUGGACACAAUUUCCAAAAAUAUGUUAACUCAGACCCAUGUAACGAACGAAAACCAUGUGUAAAAUGAAUAAAUGACAAUACCUUCCUCGCGAUCUCUGAUUUUGUGGAUAGCUGUUUUCUCGAUAACUUCGCCUUCGGCAGACUUCGGACUUCUUCGGGAAUCUUCGGAAAUGAUCGUGUCGUUUUCAAAAAUCCCAGCACUCCCAGGAUAAAAAUCUCACGCCUACAUCUCAGAAAAAGUUGGCAGGUAUAGCAUGGUUUCCUUUUUAGUUUUUGGUCUAAAGAUUCAAAAGUUGGAGCUCCCUUAUAAAGCAUGAUGCACAUCCACUGCAGGAACCUAUUGCUUAGUAACUUUUAUGAAUGGUAUAUGAAUGGUCCCACUUCAGGAUUUCAUUCACGUAGUCAAAGUUAGAACUACCUUGUACAGUAUAAUAAACAGCACCACAGGAAAGAACUGCUCAGUAGCUUUCAUUUGAAUGGUCGAUCACACUUUAGGAUUUCAUUCAUAGACUCAAAAGUUAGAACUACCUUGUACAGAAUAAUAAACAGUACCACAGGAUAGUACUGCUCAGUAGCUUUCAUUUGAAUUAUCACACUUUAGGAUUUCAUCCAGACUCAAAAGUUAGAACUACUUUGUACAGAAUAAUAAACAGUACCACAGGAAAGUACUGCUCAGUAGCUUUCAUUUGAGUUGUCACACUUUAGGAUUUCAUUCACAGACUCAAAAGUUAGAACUACCUUGUAAAGCAUAAUAAACAGUACCACAGGAAAGUACUGCUCAGUAGCUUUCCUGUGAAUGAUCACACUUUAAAUUUUUUUCUGUAUGAAAGCUAUAAACAGGGCUAUAUAUGGCAAAGGAUCACUAUAACUACAGAAUGUGUAGUGCAGUUACUCCAUUUGAAGGGCAAUUAAUAAAUGUUUGUAAUGUAUACGCUUUAUAUUGCAGGAUAUUCUGGAAGUAAAGAAAAAUCUUACAAGAAUAAAUGGCUUGAUUUCUGUGAUAGCAACUCUGAUUAUGUUCAGCUCUUUUGAGGUCGCUGUGAUAGGUAAUAAUUUAUGAGUUAUAUUAUCACUUUCCUCUCUUAAACUGUUUGUUAAGCUGUGAUAUCUGCAACAAGCGUAUUUGGCGCUCUGUACGGUCCAUACUAUUACUGCUCCCCCCCCCCCGACUAGUCCUUUCUGACCCAUGGUGGGAGGUUUGCUGACGCAGUAGUGAUGGAGGCUAAGUGUUUGCACAAAAUGUGGAUCAAUUGAGGUUUCUGGGAAACUGCCCUCCUACCCCUACCCUAAGCCAACAUUAACACUUACUUCUUCAAACCAACCCUGACCCUAAGAUUCUACUUGAAUUUUCAUUUGUCCCCAUUGCACUGUCCUCUUUUUGUCAGGGAGAAUAGUUUUAACGAAGUUCUCUCUGCACCCCAGUUUGUAAUCAGCUCAGUGAUUAAUUUUACAGUCAGUUGUUUUUAUUUAUUUACAGGUGUUGUGAACUUGGCUAUGUAUUUUCAAGAAAUUAGGUCCAACAGUCAGCUUGUGUACAGAGUGUUUAUGCCAAUCAUUGCUUUGGUUCUGGUUAUAGUUCCUGUCUUCAUAGUAAGUGUAUUUUUGGACUUCAUAGCUUACUAUGGAAAGAGCCAUAGCCUGGAAUAACUAGAAGAGUUGUACAUGCUUUUAUGGGAUUGUUUGGGAGGACAAGGGCAUUGAUUUCACUUGACCUGUGUAUAAGUUGCUGGAUGUCAUGAAAGAUAUUGUUCAUCGUGGAUAUAGUGUAUAAAGGAUUUGUUUAUUGUUCUUCUCACAAUUGUCACUUGGAUAUUGAUUGCAGCAUUUCAACCACAUACUGCAGGUCUUCAUCAGGCAAUAGUGUCAAUUUACUGCGUAGGACUAUUUGUACCACUGUGUGGUUGUUAGUGAUUAGUGUAUCAUGAACCUCGCUCAUGGUUGGUUGGUUUCAAUCCAGAACAUUGUUGGCAUUUUUAGAGGAGGAAAGUUUUAAUUCCCUCAGCGGUCUGUUGUGGUAGUUGUGUUGGAUGUUGUAUUUUUAUUAUUAAGUGGGUUGCGUUCAAAGUUGUCAUAGCUUAAUAACCAUGUUGGACUAUUGAUAGAAACAGUAUCUGAUUAAAAUUUGCUAAACUUUCUGGUGAUUAGAAUCUGACUUCACAGUAACAUUUUACUUUGUUAUCUGGUCAUUCAUAAAAAAAAAAAUUGAGAGAUGAAUGUUGCACCACUGUCUAGUCUAAGUCUCUAUGUACUGACCAGCAACGUAAAGGAGUGCAUCAUAAGACAUCACUAGUUGUGAAUUUUUUUGCCUGCACUUUCUGAAAAACUUAUAUUCUCUUAUUUAUCGAGUCUCACCAGUCUGUGAUCCACUUAUUUCCUUUCCUACAUAUAUUUUUGUUUGUUUUGCAGGCUUCACGCUUGACGGCAGCUGCACGCAAGUUUAAACAGACAUGUCUUCAGGUCAGAGUGUUUGGUUAUCCCUCUGCAUCUCAGUUGGACCUCGACUCUUUUGUAUUAUUUUCUCACAGCGCUGAAAUGAAGGUAGGAGUUUUGGACAAUUUUGGGAGUUGGGCAAAUUUUUUUCUGUUACAAUAAGCAUGUCAAGAAACUAGCGACCAUGCCCUGCCAUGUAAGAAAACAAAGAUGAGUAAGGAAUGAACAGUACAAAAAGUGUCAUUUAAAAGUGAACACUGUCAAUGGAGUCACUCGUAGUAGUGGACAUGGCUAAGUACAAUCAAGUUCUCUAUAAGAUAGAUGUUACAGGUUAAUUUUGAUUCAACCUAGGUUGAUUUUCAAUUUCCUUUUUCUCCUUCCUUCAGAAGGCAAAGGAAAUUAAGAAUAAACCUAGGUUAAAUGAUUUUAAGGUGAAAACAAAUUUGACCUGUAACAGAGACAGUACCUCUCUAAUAUGGACAGCUAGAGCUGGUUGUCUGGCUUAGAUUCAGUUCAUUGGGAACCAAACAAAAUGCACAAGCAUUUGAAAUGAGCAGUUCAUUAAUCAAAGUCUCCCUACCUCCCUCCCCCUGGGGCAAGGUAGAGGGUGUGGAUGUGGAGACCCCAGUGUUCCCCAAGAAGUGAGGUAAAGGGCGUGGGAGGGAAUUCUAGUUCCUUGUAUAUCUCCCAAGGAGUUAAAUAAGGGUACAUGAACUUAAAGAUUCAGAGCCUGCUGUUGUUCCCCUCAGGUGGACAGAAACAACCUGUCUCGCCAUGUCUCCCCACAACCCAAACCUUGUUAUUGGCAUUAGAUUUUUUUGAAGAUAAUAAUUUUUCUUUUUAUUGAAGGCCAAACUGAUGUUCAUGCCCGUUCAUGGAUCAUACUUGGCUGCUGUUAUUGCAAUACUCGUAUUUGUUCUCCUGCUACUUUUACAAACUGAUCUCGUAGCGAGUAACAAUCGUUAUCUUUGAUGAAACUCAUUCUUGAGUGUAGAACCAUAUUUAUGAUUUUGAUUACUGCAGAAAGUGGAGUAGAAGGAUUUAGAGUAUUAUAUAAUCAUCUACAGUACUGCUCAAGAAUGUCAUAAUUAGAGUAAAUCAGAAAAAAAAACCUUAUCUGCUGCAUCCUGAACUGGUUAAUGAAAUACUUAAUAGUAUAUCAGUCUUUUUGUUGACAAUAACUUGUGG